GGCGCGCGGCGCGGCGGGCCGACGUGGGACUCGCGCUCUCGCGGUCUCUCCCGGGCGCGCCGGCACGCGCAGUCGCGGGCGCGCGCGCGGACGGCCGGGCGGCGGCGGCUCACGGAGGCGGUGGCUCCACUUUCCAGGACUCAGGGGCGGCCACAGCGACAGCCGCGGGCAGCAGCCUCGGGAGCCGGAGCUGGAACGGCCGGGGGCGGCGGCGGCGGCGCCGGGGGAUCUAAAAUGUCCACUGAGGCACAAAGAGUUGAUGACAGUCCAAGCACUAGUGGAGGAAGUUCUGAUGGAGACCAACGUGAAAGUGUCCAGCAAGAGCCAGAAAGAGAACAAGUUCAGCCCAAGAAAAAGGAGGGAAAAAUAUCCAGCAAAACAGCUGCUAAAUUGUCAACUAGUGCUAAAAGAAUUCAGAAGGAACUUGCAGAAAUUACGUUGGACCCGCCUCCCAACUGUAGUGCUGGACCCAAAGGAGACAACAUUUACGAAUGGAGGUCAACUAUAUUGGGACCCCCAGGAUCUGUCUAUGAAGGAGGGGUGUUCUUUCUUGACAUUACCUUUUCACCAGACUAUCCAUUUAAACCCCCCAAGGUUACCUUCCGAACCAGAAUUUAUCACUGUAAUAUUAACAGCCAAGGCGUGAUCUGUCUGGACAUCCUGAAAGACAACUGGAGCCCGGCCCUCACCAUUUCUAAAGUUCUCCUCUCCAUCUGCUCUCUUCUUACAGACUGCAAUCCCGCUGACCCGCUGGUGGGCAGCAUCGCCACGCAGUACAUGACCAACAGGGCGGAGCACGACCGGAUGGCCAGGCAGUGGACCAAGCGGUACGCCACCUAGGGCCCCGGCCCGCGGCACGCUCACCAAGUGCACCGGGGCCCCGCACCUCGGCUCUGCGUGUCUUAUUUUUAUCACCUUUGGAACCGUUUUGUGAUAGAAUGUCAUCCAUCCCCCGCCCCCCCUCCCUUUCCUUUGCUCCCCACCCCUUCCCGUUUUACUCCCUGUUUAAUUUCUGUUAACUUGAAAGAUCUGGGUUUUUUUUUUUUUUUUUAAUCCCACCUCCACGUGGAUGGGAACGUUUGUUUUCAGUGCAAACAAUGUCAGAUCUGUAAUAAUACGAGCUUUCUUUCAGAGCUUCGUUUUCCUGUGUGGUUUUGUUUUUUUUUUGUUGUUCGUUUUCUUUGGAUCCUUUUUCCCUUCCUGUGAUCUUCGGGAAAACACGAGUUCAGAAUUCUAUCUCGUUUCUACUUCAACGUAAUGCUUAGGGUUAAUUUUUUUGUACUGAAGUCUUUAUCGGUGGGUGCAUGCUACUGGGAACCAGAUUUUUGUACAAAAGCUUCAAUCAGAAUCACUGUGCAUUACUGAGACUCUGUUUAUCACUGGCCUUCUGUCCCCACACAGAAGACUGCUGGAUUGAACAAAAUAAUAUGUAUUUUGAUUUACUUAAAGUGCUUGUAAAUUUCUUAGGGACCUGCCACUUUUGACUGUGGAUCAGUUGAUGUACACUUGUAUUAUUAAAGCACUCAAUAAAUCACUGUGGCUGAUAAAUGC